AUGCAUAAAAAACUGAAUGCCACCAACAAGACUGCUAAAUCUUUGUUCAUCAAGUAUUGGUUCUUAUUGGGUUUGGCUUUUGUCAUUGGAAUGGCAUGGCUGUUCCCGGAUGUCGGUAAAGCCAACGGUACGAUACAAGCGCAGUAUACAGUCAAAUGGGGCGCCGUCAUUGUUAUUUUCUUGCUAUCCGGGUUGGGUAUCGAUGUUCGCGUGAUGCUGAAAACGAUUCUGCGGUGGCGACUCCAUUUGGUUAUUCAAGUGAUAAACUUCCUUGUCUUGCCGUUUCUUAUGUACGCCAUCGUCCUUAUGCUUAUUACUGCAAAUGCCAAGAUCGAUAAUUCGGUUUAUAAGGGCUGGAUGAUUGCAUUAUCGACCAGUACGACAGUAUCAUCUAACGUGGUCAUGACGAGAAAUGCUAAAGGAAACGAUAGUGGGGCAUUAUUCAAUGCUGCAUUUGGCAACAUUCUUGGCAUCUUCAUUUGCCCUGCACUAAUGACUGUUUUCCAACAAGAUGCGCGUGUUUUUCCACCGGGUACACCUCAUGGUAAUCCAGACUAUGUCAAUAUCCUUCGCAACCUGGGUUUUACUGUACUUCUACCACUUGUUGUUGGCCAGCUGGUUCGAUACCGAUUUUCGGAACCAGUAAAAAAGAUAGCAGCCAAACUACGUUUUCCUAUCAUCAACAACCUCGCUCUGCUAUGUCUCGUUUGGUCUGUAUUUUGCGAUGGUGUCGCUAGCAAUGCAUUCGAUCAGAUGACUGCUGUCGACAUCGUCUCGAUCGUCUUUGUGGAUAUUUUCAUGUACGUCUUUGGGUGCGCCUUGUGCUUAUUCGUUGCCCGAGCUCCAUGGCCGUCCAAAUUUGUAUCUGAGCCUCAGUGGAUUUCGCAAUGGAGAUUUGGUAGGGAAGAUACUGUAGCUAUUAUGUAUUGUGGCGCGACCAAGACAGUAUCCAUGGGUAUUCCUUUGAUCAAUGUUCUGUACUCUCAAAACAGCUACGGUGUAGUUGGUGUACUUUCUCUCCCGCUAUUACUUUAUCAUAUUAUCCAAUUGUUCAUUGGCAACUUUCAAGUUCAGAUCCUUAAAAGAUGGAUCGUCAAA